GCGCGACGGCGAGAAAUCCCGCCUGCGCAUGCGCACCGCGGCGCGCCUCACCAUUCGCUCGAGCGCCGUCCGCCGUUCGUCUCAGUUCGUCCUGAGAUACGAGAGUGGUGAGAGUUCGCGCGCGCUCGCGUACGUCCAGCAACGCACCUCGACGUACGCGCAAAAACACGCCGCGAACGUCAGCGCGAGCGUUGUGUCACGCGCGACAAACGAAGUCAUCUUCCGUUCCGCCAAGCUCCGAGCGGCGGAUCGCGCUGCUGGCCCGCUUCCUUCUCCUGGUCCUUCGCGCGGUGCAGUGAACGAGUAGAAGCGCUAGAAGGAGAGCGAGGCUCGCGCGAAGAGCGGCGGCGAGGAAAGACUACGGAGGCAAAUAGGCAAGCGGAGACAAAGAGAGAGAGAGAGAGAGAGAGAAGGGGAGAGAGUCCGGCACAGCUGUUCCGCGACGGAGAAAGAGCGACUCGCGACGGGCGGAUAUACGCGUCGUUAAAGCGAACGGAGAGACGGACGGGGAGAGACAACGUCCGCAGCCAGACGACGCGCUCGUGACCCGACUCUGUGCGCAUCCGAAUAGUCGGCGUGCAUCUGAGAGUCGCCUGACGGCGGACAAUCGAGUAUACGUCACGACGAAAGCGCACAUAACGACGCGAGAGUCAUCGGCGAGGGAUCGAUCGACGUGAACGCGAAGAAGGCGACGGAAGUGCGAGAAGUAGCGCGAGCGUGAAGAAGAUACAAACGUGAGGUCGGAAGUGGCGGACGAUAUAGCAGAGGAAAGCAGAGAGAAAGAAAGAGAGAGAGAGAGAGAGGGGGGGAAAGCGAGUGGUCGUACGAGCAUCCCGGACAUCCAGCGUUAAAUCGCACUCUCGAGCGCGCGCCGUGCAGCGACUUUCGCAGCUGUCGGCUCGUGGGAAGACGAGGAGAAACGAGAGCAGUGACCGGGACGAGGACAGCGACGUUAUCAUCGAGCACCCGGCGGGAAAAGAUGUGGCAUCCCUCGAAGCGGAGCACUCAGCAGAUGGAGGAAGAGUACGCUCCGGCGCCGGCGACCAGGGAGGACGAGAAGCGGUGGCGGCGCGACGGCAACGGUAACAACGACAAAUUGACAACGACGACGACGACGGGGACGGCAAGUAGCGGUAACAUCGACUCCGGGUUCUUGUCGAGCGGCAACCUGCAAACCAGCGGCGAAAUUUGCGACUCAGGGUUGCAGCUGCUCUCGCGGGGCGACUGCGGCGAGGAGGGGAGAGAGAGCGAGGAGAGAGAGCAGCAGCAGCGGGGGCGGCGAGCAGGUGCGACACCGGCGCCGGCGAUAACGACGACGGUGUCGUCGUCGUCGUCUUCGGCCGCGACUACGAUCGCCGAGCCAAUGAGAGUCGACAGCGGCCUCGUGGUGGAUCUCGGCCUCAGCGAGAGCCUCAGCCAGCUCUCCCUCAAGCAGGUCGCCCUGAACCCGUUGACCGGCAGCCGUUCAGCGCUCGACCAGGCCAAGUCCAAGCUCGAAGCCAACAUCGAGCUGACGCCCGUGCGAGCAGACCCGUCGUCGGACUAUGACAUCCGCAGCGACGUCGACGUCGAGCCGCAGCAGCUGCAGGACUGCAGCUACGAUGGCAACGACAACGUCGUCGCGUCGGAGCGACGCGCCAUCAGCAGCGAGGAGCCCUGGGAGCUCUACUACACACAGGACGACGACGGGGACACGCAACUGCACAUCGCGAUCGUGCAGGGCUUCGUGGAGGCCACCUUCAGCCUCAUCAAGAUGGCGCCGCACCCCUGCCUGCUGAACACCCUGAACGACGACUGCCAGUCGCCCCUGCACCUGGCGGUGCUCACGCAUCAGCCGACGAUCGUGCGCCGCCUGAUCCUGGCCGGUGCGGACCUAUCCUUACGGAAUUUCCGCGGCAACACGGCCCUCCAUCUUGCCUGCGCCAGCGGCGAUCUCGCCUGCGCCAAGGCGCUCACGGAUCCCUUGUCGCCGAUGGAGAGGAACGAGCUGAUGCCUGGUCAGAAGGUGCCAGCCUUACCUCAGAACCUGGAGCAGCGCAAUUACAGCGGCGAGAUGUGUCUACACGUGGCAGCGGCGAACGGCCAGGUGGACCUGGUGCGCCUUCUUCUGCGCCUCGGCGCUGAUCUCGAGGCGAGGGAGGCCUUGGCGGGCAGGACAGCCCUUCACAUCGCCGUGGAACGCGGGUGCCGACUGGUGGUCGGCUUCCUGCUGCACGAAUGCCGACCUUGCCUGGACGCGCAGACGUACGCCGGCAUGACGGCCUACCAGCUGGCCCUGUGCUUCGACGACAUCCAGCUCGCCCGGGAACUGGUGCGGCUCGGCGCGUCACCGCAGCCGCUGCCGGAGUCCUCGGACUCCGAGAGCGAGGACGAGGAGGCAACAGCGUCGUCGCCGGCGGCGAAUUUCUUGCCUACGAUAGUCAACGUGCAAAACGCGGUUGGGGUCAAGGUCUGAGGUGUCUGAGGUGGACGUCCUUCUUCCGGCCCAUCGGAUGGACGACAGAUGGACCAGAGAAAGAGAGAAAGAGCAGACAUGAUGUACAACGUAUGCAACAAAUGCGCACACCAAGACGUAUCUCGAAGUGCAUCGCGCUCACGAAGUCACAUCGCGUUGCACUCGUGACCCCGGCGGGGUGAGAUAUCUCAUCGCAUCGAGUCGGAAGUCAUCCGAGGUGAACGCGUUAGCGUUUCGAAAUUUCGUCGCGUCCUGAAGAAGAAAUUCGGCGAUAAUCCGAUAACGGAGAGAAAAUCGUUUGAUUCGGGUGAACGGACUCGAGAACACGAGAAAGAAAGAGGGAGAAGGAGAGAGCUGUGCGAUUAUUCCCGACUACCAGUAAUUUGCACGCGAAGAGGCGCGCCCGAUUAAAGCGGACGAAAUUCGAUAAGAAGCCAUAAGUCAUGCUCGCGCCGAUAAUGAGAGUUCGACAGCACCACGCUGUUGCUGUAUCUCGAGUCCGACAUGUGCACAUGCAAUCUCUCCGUAUGCUGAAUGGAUUAAAAAUAGGCGGCCGGUCGCGGCAAGAUAAACGAGACUCCGCGAGAUCAGCUCCGAUGCACCUUACGCGUUAUACACGAGGCGCGCAUAAAUGAGCGCCUUUAAUUGACAAGUAUUACCACUGUUGCGCAAUGCUGGAUUUAUUGUGUACGCUUCAUUCUUCCUCGUGUUCUCUUCUUCUUCUUCUUCUUCUUCUUUUCUUUCUCUCGAACGAAUACCGGCAGCGAGUCGUGCGGAGAAGACGGAUCGAGCGAUCAACGAUCGACGGUGAAUGUGCGUGGGAGUAGAAGAUCUCAGAAACGAACUCACAUACACGCGACUAACGAAUAUUCGACUACGAACGAAGCAACGACAGAUAGAUACGAAGUAACUGAAAGGAGACAACCUAUGCCUUCCCCUAAGGCUCCCUCUCGCGGCGUGCAACGUAAUUUCGAACGAAGGACCGUCAGACUUGGGGACCGAGAAAUCCAGCCGGAGGAAGACGCACUUUGGAGGGAUGUAUCUCUCCUGGAGAACACAUCGACGAUUAUUCAAGGAGUGUCCUGAUAGUUUCCCCUUAGUAUCAGCUGCGCGUCUGGCGGUCCCAGUCUCGAGGUGUACACAUACCCAGAUGUCGAGGAAAGGCUGAAGUAGUACAAGUGCGAAAAGGGGCGAGAACGACCCUGAGCGAGCGUUGAUCCUCUGCGAUGUGCACCUGCGGGAACCUCCCUCGGGUGUCGACACAACUUAUUGAAGAGGACUCUUCCUUACUUCGGGCGAGGGCUCUACCGCUUGAUUCGCGAUUCCCUCUCGUCGUUAAUUUAUGGUUACUGCUCUUAGAAUUCUAUGCCCAUCAGCGGGACUCGUCGUCGAGAUGCCCACGCGCUACUGUUUCCUGCAUUCUUCUAUGAUAGCCUGAAGAUUCGAGCCUGUUGAACUUACUUAGGUCCUGACGAGGUCCUCGAGCGAGAAGAGAACGACUCGGCCGAAGCGCGCGAAUCACACCGAGUUGCCGGACGUGCGCGAGUGCGGAAUGGCUCGCGAAUGAUUGGCUGGAACGCGGUGUUCUACGGUGUAAAUAUAGAGGACGACCCGCGUUCGGCGUGCACGAAUGAACUUGCGGGAAGUGUCACUGUUGUCUUCUACAAACCGUAGCUCGUAACUGUGGACGCGAAGUCGCCACGUCGGACGGCACACAACAUUUCGUUAGCUCUCGUCAGCGGGACGAAGUAAUCAAACACAUUCUUACACGUGCGACUUAUAGUUUAUUGUACACACAUUGUGUAUUUAUACAUGUAUACACACGUACACGUGUAUGUGCGUGUGUAUAUGUUAGAGCGCAAAGAGAGAUCCAGGAGGCGAUCGAAUGUUAGGUGGAUCAGUGUUCAUUGUGCAGUAGUACGAAAUUGCUUCCAUCGCAGCAUCCCCGCCAAAACCGCCACACCCCUUGUCUCCUACCUCUCCACGUCACCAUCACCACCACCUCUCCCCCCCUCGCGCCACCCAUCCUCGUGUACAUAAUCAUCUUCCGUUAGAUUAAUCAAGCGCAAACGCGUAUAUCAUUCUCAUGGUGUACUAUUAACAACGACAACAGCGAAUAUCAUUAUUGUUAUACACAUAUAUAAAGGCUAUAAUUAUUUUUAAUAAAAAAACGUGUUGCAAAAUCCCGGA